AUGAAAAUAUCAUCAGCGGUUAUAUAUAUAUCUGGAUCUCUUUGUAUUUUAUGCUCUAAUUUUUUAGUGCAGUUCGCCUCCAGCACGCAAGCUUUGCCAAAACCUGCUCAGAACCUUAAAGGUGGUGUGAAGAAACCUUCUUUGCAACAGACAAAAAGCCCAUUACCAUCUAAACCUCCCAAACCAGUUAAUGACAAACUUAAGGAUGAUAGUAAUAAAACCGAGACGAAGGAUGCUAAAAACGGGUUAAAUAAACCACCAAAAAACAUCAAUGAUAAGGUUAAGGAUGGAGAAAAUAAAACCCCUUCACAAGAUCUAAAUGAACCUUCAUUUAAAUUGCCAAUGAGACAAAAAGCAUCCAGUUGGGAUGCGUGGCUUAAGGGCACUAAGAAAGACUAUGAAAAUUUAAAGUGUUUUGCCAAAGGUAAUUUAUACGACUGGCUUUGUAGUGUAAGAGAUUCGUUCGAAUUGUAUCUUCAAAGUUUGGAAUCAAAAUGGACAUCUUGUUCAGAUAAUACGACUACAGUGUUCUUAUGUGAAUGCUUGGCAGAAUCAUCUGGAUGGGGCGACCCUCAAUGGGAAAGUUGGGUAAAGAAGGAAUUAAAGGAACAGUUGAAAACGGAAGCUCAAGCGUGGAUUUCUACAAAAAAAAAGGAUUUCGAUGGUUUAACAAGUAAAUAUUUUUCGUUAUGGAAAGAUCAUAGAAGGAAAGAGUUGGAAGAAGAAGCGUGGAAAACAAAAGCAUCAUCUGGUGGUUUAUCAGAGUGGGAAGAACUGACAGAUAAGAUGAAUACACGUUACACGAAUAAUUUGGAUAAUAUGUGGAGUAAUUAUAGUGGUGAUUUAUUAUUUAGAUUUGAUGAAUGGUCUCCAGAAGUGCUUGAAAAAUGGAUAGAAAGUAAGCAAUGGAAUCAAUGGGUCAAAAAAGUUAGAAAGUAAAAAUAAAAAAAAAAAUAAAGAAGGCUUACAAAAAUGUUAUGUCUUAAGAAAGGACUAAUGAAGGAAUUAUAUUAUUUUCAUCUAUUUUUUCUCAACUUAUCUGGCACUACAGAAACUAUAUCAAAAAUGUAUAAACAUUUUUAAUAGAGGACACAUUUUCAUGAUAUUAUUGAGAGCACUAUGUUACUAUUUUAUAUUUGUUUUAAAUAAAAAAAGUAUAAUGAAAUGGUAAAAUGACCCCCCUACAUAAUUCAUGAAUAUAUAAUUUAUAUGUAGAGUGUGAAUAAAUUUAAACUACAUCUUAAAAAAGGAUAAGAUCUACGGUUUUAGUCUUUUUGAGAUGUUUUAUG